AUGUCUGCCCGCUCCGCCCCCAAAGCUGAUCUGGGCACGGUGCUCGUCGUCGGCGGCAACGGCUUCCUCGGACACCACAUCGUCAACCAGGCCCUCGACGACUGGCACUGCCGGCGCGUCGUCUCGGUCGACCUGCGCUGCGACCGCCACCGCCGUCCCGACGCUGCCUACCACGAGUGCGACAUCACCGACGGGCCCAAGCUCGCGGCGCUGCUCGACGACAUCCGCCCCGACGUCGUCAUCCACACGGCCUCGCCCGUCGCCAGCGACAACGCCGUCCACCGGGACCUCUUCCGCCGCGUCAACGUCGACGGCACGCGCGCCGUCAUCGCGGCCUGCCAAAAGGCCGCCGUCAAGGCCCUCGUCUACACCUCGUCGGCCAGCGUCGUCAGCGACUUCCAGCACGACCUGCUCAACGCCGACGAGCGCUGGCCCGUCAUCCGCGCCCCCCAGCAGCUCGAGUACUACUCCGAGACAAAGGCCGCCGCCGAGGAGCUCGUCACCCAGGCCAACCGCGCCGCCCCCACGCCCGCCUUCCUCACCGCCUCCAUCCGCCCCGCCGGCAUCUUUGGCGAGGGCGACGUCCAGGCCCUCGCCGGCCUGCUCGCCGCCUACCGCACCGGCAAGUCCAACGUCCAGCUCGGCGACAACAACAACAUCUUUGACUUUACCUACGUCGGCAACGUCGCCCACGCCCACCUCCUCGCCGCCCGCCUGCUGCUGGCCACCGCCGCCGCCGCCACCACCCCGCUCGACCACGAGCGCGUCGACGGCGAGGUCUUCUUCGUCACCAACGACGAGCCCGUCUACUUUUGGGACUUUGCCCGCGCCGUCUGGCGCGCCGCCGGCAACCCCGCCGGCACCGCUGGCGUCUGGCAAAUCUCCCGCGACAUCUCACUGCUGCUCGGCAUGGCGAGCGAAAUCUUCAACUCGAUUGUGCAGAAGAAGCCUACGUUUACCAAGCAGCGCGCCAUCCUCUCCACCAUGACGAGGUACUACAACAUCACAAAGGCCAAGAUGGUGCUCGGCUACGAGCCCCAGUGGACUCUGCAGGAAGGCGUCGACCGCGGCGUGAAAUGGUUCCUGGAAAAUGAAAAGGCGCAAAAGUAA